AUGAGUGAUCCAGCUGCCUUGGCAGGAAUGUUGCCGUUUGACUCCAUCGGCUUGUAUGAGCAACCAAAGCCACGGUUCAUCUUCAAAAUGCCGCGCGUUGUACCAGAUCAAAAAGCAAGAUUUGAAUCUGAGGAUUUAUUUAAAAGACUUAGCAGGGAAAGUGAGGUUCGCUACACAGGUUACAGGGACCGUCCACCAGAAGAGCGUCAGAUGCGUUUUACCAGCGGUUGUCGUGAAGGGCACACCGAGAUUGCCUUCACUACUACUGGAACAAACCUCCAACUAGUCUUUGACCAUUCUCCAUACAACAAUCGCGGAUGUGAUUUCCAGAAAGAGACCGGCAAGGUCCACAUCGUCUCCCGCUUCAUUAUGAACGGCGUUUGUGUCAGAUGGCGAGGUUGGAUAGACCUGGAACGACUAGAUGGCGUCGGUUGCUUAGAACUCGACGAAGAGCGAGCUGCAAUAGAGGAUUCCGCUUUAAGGGAGCAAAUAGAGCGGUACAAUCAGCGACUGAGAGAUUUUGAGGACAAACAGAGAGCAUACCGCGAGCACGGAGAAGAAUUGCGAGCACAUUCUCAGGUUCACGCACAGCGCUGCCACCAAGCUCGCCAACCGCCUCACCCGGCUCACCCCGCACACCCCGCACAUCCUCAUGCAACGCACCCUGUUCAUAUUAAGCCGCACUCCCAGGGUGCUCUGAUUUCA